UCUGACUACUGACGACAACUUCUGUCCUGAACAAUGAUAAUAAUAACAAUGAUUUUUUUUUUCACCAGCUGCGAAUGAACUGCACAAUAGUAUGGAAGCUCAUGUAAACAUGUUAUGUCAAUCCAAGAUUUAAAAAAUAUUUUUAUGGGAUCACGUGCAGGUGAGGGUUAACGUGGAUUUUGUCAUUUCUAGUAACAAUACUAGUGGCGAAUUCGAAUUAUUUACAAUUAUGUCCACUAAUAUUUCUAUCUAUACUAGAAAUUAGACAGCACAUAUAGUAGCAUUGGCAAAGCCAGGGUUUAAUAUUGGAGGAGGUGGGGACCCACACUGUCCAUGAGUCGUGCUAUGAGGCAACAUUUAAACAUUAAAAGAUGGUCGUUGGGAAAACAAGAGGUGGGUAGAAGAAGUUUGUGUUUAGAGGCGUGCUUGAACCACAUAAUUAAUUAUAAGGAUACAAAUAUAUAAAUAUAAUAUAUAUAAAUAUCUCAGCAUGUACUCAUGCAGCUCUGUCAGAAACCGGUAGAAGAAGUGUGUGUGUAGAGGCGUGCUUGGACCACAUAAUUAAAUAUAAGGAUACAAAUAUAGAAAUAUAAUAUAUAUAAAUAUCUCAGCAUGUACUCACGAAGCUCUGCCAGAAACCAACUCAUCUCCACCUUGCAGUCUUUGAAAGACGUUUUAAUGUAAUACAUAUGUUAUUAUAGAGAUACACACAGACUGAGAAUGGGUGGAGCAGCAAGUACUGAUCGAUCCACGAUCAGUUUACGGUCAAGGAUGUUCUCACGCAUAACGCCAAUGCCUGAAAAUAACCGUCCAGACGAGAAACCGAAAACUCCAGACUCAGAGACAUCACGGGUAUCCUCCAGACGGACAUCGAAUGUGACAUCUUCCAGCAGAGAAACUACCGGCACAUCCACAAACAGUGUUUCAACGACAUCUGUUGACAGGAAGGCAGGUCCACAUCCUUCUAGGAGAUCGACGGCAGACAAGGAGAUUUCAGACGUGAAGUCGAGUAGUAGACAGUCGUCCUCCAUCAGUCAGCUGACACCAGCAGACGACAGCGCGCCAAAAGAUCUCAUGAUCAGCUAUAGUCAUGCAGAUCGAGAUGUGAUGCUGGAAGUUAGAGAAACUCUAGAGACCAAUGGCAUUUCAGUGUGGGUAGACGUAACUGGACUUAGAGCUGGCGUAGAUUUCCUCAGCAAGAUAGGACAAGCAAUUAUUGAUGCCAAGACGUUCAUCAGUUUGAUCAGCACGGACUCAGUGAAGUCUAAAUACUGCCAGGAUGAGCUGGCACUGGCGUACGUGUCUAACAAAGCGGUCUUCCCAGUUAACCUUCAGCCACAAGAGAAGCUCAUCCCUUUGAUGACAACCGGCGAACGCUUGCAGAUGGCUGGUUUGAACUGGAUAUCGCUGGUUGAUCCCAAAGAGAAAAAGAAGAACCUACAGGAGCUAGUUCGUCUCAUUAAAGAAGAAAUUUCCGAUAGAGACAAAACAAGAGCAGCAGAAUCAGAAGAAAAAUUCGUCGCAAGACCUCACACAGCCCGACAGAGACUGAACAGAAGACGACGCCAGGACAAACUACAGGUACAAGACAAGACUCUGGCAAUGAUGCCAAGAAGAUACUGGGCAGAUCGCUAUGGUAACCAGAUCCACGUCGACUGGGAAAAAUUUGUACAAGAUUUCCUCUCCGUGUUCAAAACUCCUUUGUCCAGUAUGUACAGCCGGGACGACCAAAACUGGCUGAUCAAUGUUCUCAGACGUGAGAUGGAAGUACAGGAAGACGGACAGCUGGAUUUUGAAAUGUUCAUAGAAUUCUGUACCAUUGAUGACGAAGAGCAGCCUGUCUGGCAGAGAGUACAGGACCAAGCCAGGGAGAGUUCGGCAAUGAUUGACGUGUUCGAUAUGUCGUCUGACGUCAGAGUAACAGCCAUAGAAAAUUUAGGAAAAUUUCGAAGUACAGCUGUUAUUGAUGCUCUACGUGAUUUACUGACAGACAAAAACGCCAACGUGCGAGCGGUUGCAGCAGUAUCUUUGGCGAGAACGAAGGCGAACGACACGCGAACGGUGCAGCACAUCAUGAAGUGUCUACAGGACAACGACAGGCUCGUCAGAGAAGCGGGCUGUUUAGCUCUAGGACAUCUCAAGGCGAAAGUGGCCGUUAAGAAAAUACUUAAUAUGUGGCGGAACGACGUCAUCUCCAACGUCAGAGAGGCGGCAUACGUGGCCUUGCAGCAGAUUGGCGGCGACCAGGUGAAGAAGGAAAUGCAUCUGACUAAAGUUCUAGCUGACGAGAUAAGAGAACUGACUCGGUGAAACUACUGAGUAUGGAUCUUUAAAAGGACUGUUGGCAAUGGAAGAGCAAUAAGAUGACAUUGGUUGUAUUAGGUCAUGCGUUUAUGGCCGCUCAGGGACAAUGUCAUCGUUUAUGUUCUUCAAUAUUUAAUAAGUCAUUGUUGCUAAUUGUGACAGUUAUAUAUAGUCUUCUCCAAUUUGAUUAAAAUGGCAGCUUUAAUCAAAAAAUGACUUUCCCGUCUUGGACGCAAGGGCUUGCUCACGAAGAACUUGGGCCCACGACAGGCGUGCGCUACAACAGCUUGCUCUGAAUGUGCACGUUAUACCCUUUGACCUAAAGGGACACUUUUUCAUUUUAUAUAUUUAUGUUCUUAUAUAUUUAAAUUACACAGAAUUGAGCAUUUAUAAUUAAGUAAACUUAAUCAAAGUACACAGAAUUGAGCGUUUGUAAUUAAGUAAACAAUCUAAUUAUACAGAAUUGAGCAUUUGUAAUUAAGUAAACUUAAUCUAAUUACA